CCUCCCCCAUCCUGGGUACCAGUUGGGCGCUUUCGGGUGCUGGCAGUUGAAGAGAUGGAACAGCUUCCUCAGGAACGCCCAGCCCCUUAAAACGCUGCUGACCAGAGCCACCCUCCUCCCUGCAGCCUUCAGCAGGGAUGGAAUGAAAGGGGACCCCUUGACCUGCCUGCGGGGAUCAGCAAUGGAGUUAAAGCAAUCUCUGUCUAUCCAUCUGGAAGCCGAGAAGCCUCUGAGGCGCUAUGGGGCGGUGGAGGAGACAGCAUGGAAAGCGGAGGGACUGGGAAGCCAGCUGGACAUCAUCUCCAUGGCUGAAACCAGCAUGAUGCCAGAAGAGAUUGAGCUGGAAAUGGCGAAAAUCCAGCGUCUCCGUGAAGUCCUGGUCCGUCGAGAGUCAGAACUCAGGUUCAUGAUGGAUGAUAUUCAGCUCUGCAAGGACAUCAUGGACCUGAAGCAGGAGCUGCAGAACUUGGUCGCCAUUCCAGAAAAGGAAAAAACCAAGCUGCAGAAGCAGAGAGAGGAUGAAUUAAUCCAGAAGAUCCACAGACUGGUGCAGAAGAGAGAUUUCCUGGUGGAUGAUGCUGAGGUGGAACGGUUAAGGGAACAGGAAGAAGACAAGGAAAUGGCUGAUUUCCUGAGGAUCAAGUUAAAACCUCUAGACAAAGUAACCAAAUCUUCAGCCAGCUCCCGGGCAGAGAAGAAGGCAGAUCCCCCACCUAGCAAGCCAACUGUGGCCAAGACAGGCCUGGCACUCAUCAAGGAUUGCUGUGGGGCCACCCAGUGCAACAUCAUGUAGCCCCUAUGUGGGGUACCCCAGAGCCAUGGGGACCAUCCCUCCCACCCUCUUGUCCUCAUAGCCCCCAUUUUACAGGGGUUUAAGAGAUUUCCAAGGCAGAAGGGGUUGAAGGCAAGCCCAUGACUGCUAUCAUGGGCCAUGGGUAUGGCAGGUGGGCCCAGCCACUGCUGUGCAGAGUGUAGCAAUAGAAAGCCCCUCACUGUCGCAUGGCCCUCCCCAGAGCAUGCCCAACCCAGGAGUCUGUCUCAUUGUUUAUCUAACCACCAAGAAAGCCCCUCCCUUAAAACAGUAUACCCUCACAAACCCAUCAUGUGAACAAACUGGGAAAGGGGCACGCCCCCUAGGUGUGUAUGGCUGUGAAUUCCAACAAUCUAGCACCAUGUUGGAUCCAUUCCCCAUCCACCCUCCCAGCUUUGCUGUCAGAUACAAGUCCUGCUCCCUGUUUGUCCUCUCCCAGGGACUAUAGCCUGGAGGGUUCCACACAGCCCACACUCCUCUUAGGUUCCAUUAUGAUCACUUUCCUAGAGGCACUGGCCUGUCUGUGAAGGCUGAGCUUGUGUGUGGUGUUGGGUUUAUGCCUCCAGCUCCCUCCCAUCCUGUAUCUGGUCAUAGUUCAUAUCAGGCUCCAGGUUCUUUCUCAGUUUGCCAUAUCCAGCCCACAGUGGAGCAGGGUGGGGAGGAGUGGCCAAGAACAGUUGCAGUGCUUGGACCAGGUUGCAGAGAGCUGCAGGUGCCAAUGUCAAGGUUGAGUGGUCGAGAAAGGGAUCCAGAACAGAUGCCAACCCACAUCCUCUUCACCCACUGAGGGAUGCUGCAGGGAGUACCAGUGAGGGGUCACCCUGCUGGCCCAAACACAUCUCUGUAAAGAACAAUUGACAGGCAGGAAAGGAAGCCUGACCCAACUGUGUCCCGUCCGUCUGAUGGUGUGUUUGAACCAGCCCCACAAUUCCUCCUGUGUAACUUGAUGUACAUUUGCCAUGGCCAGCCCGGCACAGCCUGUGUGACCUCUCUGUGCAUAUAUGUGUGUUGUGAUUGGCCUAAGUAGUUAGCACCAGUCAAGAUUUGCUGAUGUGCAAACUAUUCAUCAGAGAAAAUAAAAUUGAAAAACACAAAGCA